CAGGAACCGGAAGCAGCUCCGUCGGCUGUUCCCCUGUGUUGUGUUGAUUUCUGAAGGAAAGGAAUACUUUGGAUUAACUGUCUUUUACACACGUAUUCUGCCCGUUUAACUCCUGUAUCCAACACUCAAAGAAGGCGACCUCUGAAUCAGUCCAUGGUAAACAUCUAACAAUGUUUAGCUUUGAGGGAGAUUUCAAGACAAGACCCAAUGUUUCACUUGGAGGAGCGAGUAAAAAGGAGGAGAAAUCAUCUCUGCUGCACCGCACGCAAGAAGAAAGAAGGAAAAGAGAGGACGAAAGAAAGCGACUGAAGAAUGCUAUUAUUAUCCAGUCCUACAUACGAGGCUACCAUGACUUGAAACGACAGUAUGCCAUCCAGAGGGCCCGGUUUGACGAGUGUGUGAGCCAGACGCACGGGGGGGGACCUCAGCAAGCCCUGGACGGUCCGACUCUCUGCCUCUUAUCCAGACAAAUCAUAUUUUUCUACAGACAGAGCGUGGAUGCACAUCGACUGAUAUGGUUGUGCCAGAACCUGGUAAAGCACAGCGGUCAGUUUGUGAAGCUGCUGGUGGGCCCACAGCGACAGACAUGUAUGUUCCAGAUCAAGAGGAUCUUAGGCUUCUGCUGCAGACUCCUUCAGAACUGCAGGGAUGACAGUUUAAAUGUGACCGUCCCCAUGCGGAUGCUAGACAUUUUUUCUUCAGAGAAAACCUAUCUUCCCGUUAUUCCAGAUGCUAACUAUGUAGCUUCGUUACUCGAGCAGAUUUUGCACUAUAUGGUACAAACAGGAUACUACAGGUCGCUGUACAUCCUGGUGAAUCACAGACUCCCCUCCAGUCUGGAGUACAGUGACGCUCCAUCGAUCCCAAUGGCAACCACGCUGUUGGAGCACAUCCUGAAACCUCUGCACUUUACAUACUCCUCCUGCACAACAGGCGCAAGGCAGUUUGUAUUCGCAGCCUUCACCGAGGAGUUCAUCUCGUCGCCAUUCACCGAGCAGAUCUUUCAUUUCUUCAUCCCGGCUCUCUCCGACGUGCGUCUCUCCUUUCCCUUCGAGGCCUUCCUGAGCUCCCUGCAGACCAUCAGCUCGCCCUCCGCCGCACAGAGCCGAGCACCCUGGGUGUUCUACUUCGUCCUCUCUGCAGGGGAGAACCGCUUAGGCUCUCUCUCAGAGGAGGGUCUCCUGCUGUACCUCCGCGCUCUGCAGUCCCUGCUGCCCCUGCUGCCGGUGUCAGAGAGCAGCAGCCGGCCGGAAGUCACCAGCGACUCGGAGGAUGACGACGACACCGGCAUCCAUCAUCAACCCAAGCAGGAUGACAGCCGGAUCUCUGUGCAGCUGAUCACGGAGGAGUGUGUUCACAAGCUGGACACAAAGCACCAGACCAACGCCCUGCUGAACCUGGUGUGGAGGGACUCGGCCAGCGAGGAGGUCUUCACCAUGAUGGCGUCCAUCUGUCACACACUCAUGGUGCAGCACCGCCUCAUGGUUCCCAAAGUCAGACUUCUGUACAGUUUAGCUUUCAACGCACGCUUCCUGAGGCAUCUGUGGCACCUGAUCAUUACCAUGACGACAAAAAUGAUCACAGGCUCCAUGGUGCCGCUGCUGCAGCUGAUCUCUCGAGGGUCUCCGAUGUCGUUCGAGGACUCGAACCGCAUCAUCCCCCUCUUCUAUCUGUUCAGCUCGCUCUUCAGCCACUCGCUCAUCUCUGUGCACGACAGCGAGUUCUUCGGUCACGAAAUGGAAGGUCAGACUCAGUCCUCCAUGAUGCCCUUCACGCUGCUGGAGCUGGUGUCCCUGUCCCGCUGUCUGAGGGACGCCUGCCUGGGGAUCAUCAAGCUGGCCUACCCCGAAACCAAGACGGAGCACCGGGAGGAGUACAUGGCCGCCUUCCGCAGCGUCGGGGUGAAGACCAACACAGCAGUGCAGCAGAGGAUCCAGGCCGAGCAGAAGCGCUGGGUGCAGCUGUUCAAGGUCAUCACUAACUUGGUAAAGAUGGUGAAAGCUCGCGACAUCAGACGACCCUUCUGUCCCGCAGGUCACUGGCUCUCGGAGGAGGUCAACAUCCGUGCAGAUAAGGUCACCCAGUUGUACGUGCCGUCUGCGAGACAUGUGUGGAGGACGCGGAGGAUGGGCCGCAUCGGUCCACUGCAGUCCACACUUGAUGUUGGUUUGGAGCCUCCUCAGCUGUCUGUGUCUGAAGAGAGACAUCUGGCCAUCCUCACAGAGCUGCCGUUCGUGGUUCCCUUUGAGGAGCGAGUCAAGAUCUUCCAGAGGUUAAUCUAUGCCGACAAGCGGGACGUGCAGGGGGACGGCCCGUUCCCCGACGGCAUCAGCGUCACCAUCCGACGAAACUACAUCUACGAAGACGCCUACGAUAAGCUUUCUCCGGAAAACGAACCCGACCUGAAGAAGAGGAUCAGAGUCCACCUGCUGAACGCUCACGGUCUGGACGAGGCCGGCAUCGAUGGGGGUGGCAUCUUCCGGGAGUUCCUCAACGAGCUCCUCAAAUCCGGCUUCAACCCCAACCAGGGCUUCUUCAAGACCACCAACGAGGGCCUGCUGUACUCCAACCCCGCUGCGGAGAUGCUGAUCGGAGAGUACUUCACCAGACACUACUACUUCCUGGGCCGGAUCCUCGGAAAGGCGCUGUACGAGAACAUGCUGGUGGAGCUGCCUUUCGCCGGCUUCUUCCUCUCCAAACUCCUGGGGACGAGCGCCGAGGUGGACAUCCACCACCUGGCCUCGCUGGACCCGGAGAUGUACCGCAACCUGCUCUUCCUCAAGAGCUACGAGGGCGACGUGGAGGAGCUGGGCCUCAACUUCACCAUCGUCAACAACGACUUGGGAGAAGCUCAGGUAGUGGAGCUGAAGAUGGGCGGCAAAGACAUCCCGGUGACCACGGCGAACCGGAUCGCCUACAUCCACCUGGUGGCCGACUACCGGCUCAACAAGCAGAUCCGGCCCCACUGCCUGGCCUUCAGGCAGGGCCUCGCCAACGUGGUCAACCUGGAGUGGCUGCGCAUGUUCGAUCAGCAGGAGAUCCAGGUGCUGAUAUCUGGAGCUCAUGUGCCAAUCUGUCUCGACGACCUGAAGAACUUCACAAACUACUCAGGCGGGUACACGGCGACCCACCCCGUGAUCACGACUUUCUGGGAGGUGGUGGAGGGAUUCACAGACGAGGAGAAGCGCAAGCUGCUGAGGUUCGUCACCAGCUGCUCCAGACCCCCGCUGCUGGGCUUCAAGGAGCUGUACCCGGCUUUCUGCAUCCACAACGGAGGCAACGACCUGGAGCGCCUGCCCACCGCCAGCACCUGCAUGAACCUGCUGAAGCUGCCCGAGUUCUGCGACCAGAACCUGAUGAGGAACAAGCUGCUGUACGCCAUCGAGUCCUCCGCCGGGUUCGAGCUGAGCUGAGAAAAACAGACACUUCAGACGGGAGUUAAAAAAAAAAAGCGAGCGUAGGGGAAGCAAACGUGAUGCACUGACCUGCCUGAUUUACUCUGUGUGUGUGUGAGUGUGUGUGCGUGCCAAGCGGAGGACGUGAUCACCUGCACACUGAAGCAGAAGAACAGGAGGGAAGCCUUUUUUUUAUCCUUUUAAGUAAUUUAAAUGUUUAAUCACGCCUCGGAAACGAUGAAGUUAAAACGGAAACAGGCGCCGCCGCUCUCUGGCAGUUAUCGCUCACCAAAGAUCCAGUGGCGUCUUAUUGAAAAGAGGAGGGGCUUCUUCAGGUUUAUCCACGAUUCAUAUUGCGAUAAACGUACCGAACGCGUGCAGUGGCUCAUCCUGCUGGACUAAAUUUGGGGGGGAAAUGGUUCUAUGAUUAUGGAUUUGUGAAUAUGUAUAUGUUUACUCUUGUAUUAUUCAUUUAUUCAGUAUUUGUACAGUUUUUCUUUUGAGCGGGGGCCUCGGUGGUGAUCCGUGGGGUAAGGCUUACGACAGGGUGCAGAGAAAAAGAGUGUAUGGAAACGAAUAAAUCCACUUUUCUUUUUUGCA